AUGUCUGAAGAUGCUUUAUUGGAAGAGGACAUUUGGGAGUACAAAUCCAUUAGGAAGCAAAAGCAUCAGAGUAAUUCAGAGAGCAUCUCUACACCUAUGCAGAAAGUAAGUGAUGGCAAGUGCAGGCCAAAAAGAAAGAGAAAUAAAAAAAAAUCCAUAGAAAAAACUGAUACACUUCAGAAAAGUGAGCAGACAUCAAGGCCAAAUCAGGAUGUCGAUCAAUGUAAAGAUGACAGUAGCGUGCACUCCCAGGAAAGUGUGAGUAGCCUGACGGAACAGAGCUCACAAAACGCAAAGCCUGUUCAUGAUGGAUACUGUCCGAGCUGCCAGAUGCCCUUCUCCUUGCUAUUGGUCCAGACACCUCGAUGGCACGUUGUUGAAUGUUUGGAUGCUCCAGGAUCCAUUGAAAAAGAGUGUCCUGAUGGUUUACUGUGCACUUCCACCAUUCCAUCACACUACAAGCGUUACAGCCAUUUUCUGCUUGCAGCAAGCAGGGCAGGAGAUUAUCUUGUAAACUCUUCAGCAAACACUUUGGAGAGGAAGAUGACAUGUUCUACUCCUGCAAAGCCCAGCUGUUCCCCAAGUCAUGUAGAGGAAAUCUCACAGAAUGAGAAACCAUCUAAUAAUGUAAAAAAUGUCCCGAAUGAUUACUGUACAUUGAUGGUACAGAGUUCACCACAAAUGAAGCCUCUAAAUAUAAUCACUGAAAGUACUUCCUCUUUUGCAGAUGUUCAAAAGCCUCGACAGACAUUUCAGCUUACACAGGCCACAGAUAAUAGUUGUAAAUUUGAAUUUUAUGACUUUGCAUCCUCUCAAGAAAGUGGAACAGGAGAAGAUCUGUGUAGUCAGAAAGAUACAAAUCAGCCAAGUCUACUACACUCAAAAGCGGACUUCAGUGACUGUGAAAUUUCUUAUUCUCCACUGAGUGCUUUUGAGGAAAGUGAAGAGGAAACUGAAGAAGAGGAGAAGAAAGUAAAAAUAUCACAAAAUAAAUUAUUCGAAGUCUGGAACUUUGAAGAUGAAUCUAAUUCUGUGGUGUUUAAAACAUUUGAUGGACAUUUCUUACAGCAGGAGCCUCAGUAUGAGCAUACCAAAAUGGGAAAUUUCAUAACUAAAAAAACCCACUGUGAGGAAGUAAGUAUGUUGAACCAUCUAGAUCAUAGUGUAAAAACUGUUUCUCGAAGUCACAUGGACAGCAAGUUCUGUAAUUCAACAUGUGUAGAUAAUCAGCAUCAGCAAGAGGUGCUAGCCAGUGGAUCCUCUUUUGCUUUUAAUUGCAAGGAGGUUGAACAGCCAGAACUAAUUUCCUCUGCUGCUAAAGCAGAUAACACAGAGUCAGAAGAUACUGGUGCUUGUGCUUUGGAUUCUGCAUACAUGAGUUUUACUGAGACAUCAUCACUGCUAAUCAGAGAAGAUGCUGGAUCUCUUCUGACGCAGAAAAGUAAUGUUUUGAGGGACCCAAAUAACAUUUUAACUAAUGCAGAUAAAAUGACUGCCAAUGCAACUGAAAAAACAGCUCACCAGGAGAGUUUGCAGUUGUUAGUGGAGAAAGAAGGGAACGCUAAUACAACUGCUGUGUGCUUUCCCAGCCCCAUCUCUAAAACAGUACCAUCUCUUUCUUUAGCCAGUAUGAAUGCCAAAUCCAGUUCUGCCAAAGAACUCAAACAAAUGGAUAUUGGUGUUUUCUUUGGGUUAAAACCCAAAGUAAAAGAGGAAAGCAAAGGAGAGACGUGUUUGAGUGAGGGAAAGCAGAUACCAAGUUCAGUGAGUCCCAAUGGAAAGAGGCCCAGACAGCAAAAAAGGAAAGCUAAAGGGUCUGUGGAAGAUGUGGAAGCAGUUACAGAAAGUUCAAGUAAAAAUGGAAACUUUGCAGAUGUAAGUUCUGGUGGCCAACAAAAGUGGAGAAAAAAAUUUAAAGAAUUAUCUGCUACAGGUGAAGGAACAAGAAAAAAACACUGCCCUUUCUACAAGAAAAUACCAGGAACUGGUUUUACAGUUGAUGCCUUCCAGUAUGGAGAAAUUGAAGGCUGCACAGCUUAUUUCCUUACUCAUUUUCACUCUGAUCACUAUUGUGGGCUAACGAAAAACUUCAUGUUUCCAAUCUACUGUAAUAAGAUAACUGGCAAUCUGGUGAAGAGCAAACUUCGAGUCAAAGAGCAGUAUGUCCAUGUGCUGCCGAUGGACACAGAAUGUCUGGUGAAUGGGAUCAAAGUGGUGUUGCUCGAUGCCAAUCAUUGUCCGGGUGCAGCGAUGAUCCUUUUCUGUCUACCGAGUGGAACUGUUAUUCUGCACACAGGAGACUUCAGGGCAGAUCCUUCUAUGGAGCGCUACCCUGCUUUGAUUGGUCAACAAGUCCAUACCCUUUACCUUGAUACCACAUACUGUAGUCCUGAAUACACUUUUCCUUCUCAACAAGAGGUUAUCCAGUUUGCCGUCAAUACUGCCUUUGAGACAGUGACUUUAAACCCGCGUACUCUAGUUGUCUGUGGCACCUAUUCCAUUGGAAAAGAAAAAGUUUUUUUAGCAAUUGCUGAAGUUCUGGGCUCAAAAGCAAGUAUGUCCCGUGAUAAGUACAAAACACUACAGUGCUUGGAGUCAGCAGCUGUUAAUUCCCUCAUCAGCGUGGACUGGCAUGGUACUUUGCUUCACGUUCUUCCCAUGAUGCAAAUUAAUUUUAAGGGCUUGCAAGAUCACUUGAAUAAGUUUUCUGAGAAUUUUGAUCAAAUUCUGGCAUUCAAACCUACGGGGUGGACCUACUCUGAUUCAUGCCUUUCUCUGGUGGAUAUCAAACCUCAGACAAGAGGAAACAUCACCAUAUAUGGGAUUCCUUACAGUGAACACAGCAGUUACCUGGAAAUGAAGCGUUUUGUUCAAUGGUUGAAGCCACAGAAAAUCAUCCCCACUGUGAACGUUGGUGACUGGAGAGGCAGAAGCUUGAUGGAGAAGCAUUUUAGAGACUGGAUGGUUGAGGGCAGUACGCAUAAAUAAAUAUAAGGAAGAAUGUAUAUUUCAAAGGAAGUAGGCUGGAGUGGGAGUUGUGAGUUCCUGUGAGUUUUAUUUAACUCCUUUUUCCAUGGAGCUUUCUUUAGG